AUGAUCGAUUCGUACAAAGGCGUUCGCGAUGCUCAACGAAUCGUGCGGUUGUCUGGCAACAUGGACUUCCCUUUCACAUUCACAAAGUCGCUCGAAUUUGCAUUGUUCCGUACGUACGGAAUCCCGACUAUUUCUUCGCUCUUGUUGCAUACGGGCCAGUUGGGAAAAGCGGAGAAUGCGGGCAGGCGAUACGUUGAUACUUCUGGAUUGAUCCAAGCCUUCAUGACAUUCCCGGUGCCCAGGCUGGACCUGCCGAACGGCGGCGAAUCCGAGUCGGCCAAAUUAGAGGGUCAAGGUGAGGAUUGGGAGCACUUCGGCGAAGACCCAAACGAUCCACGAUCCUCGAUCGCUCUAGCUCGUGUCAACUUUCUCCACGGCAGAUGGAAGAACAAGAUCUCCAACGAUGACCUGAAAUACACUCUCAGCACGUUCGUCAUCGAACCGGCCAAAUGGAUCGAUCGAUACGAAUGGCGUCGCCUCUCACCACUCGAAAAAGAAGCACUCUUCUCGCUCUUCUACCACAUAGGUCGAUGCAUGAACAUCACGGACAUUCCAGAGACCCUGGAAGAGUUUACCGAGUGGAGCGAGAACUACGAACGUUCCAACAUGGUCUUUCAGCAGUGCAACAGAGAUGUUGCGGACCACACUACGAACUUGCUGCUGUACGCGCUGCCGAGUGCACUGCACGGAUUCGCUCGGAAGCUGGUCGCAUCGUUGAUGGAUGAUACAUUGCGAGAAGCGAUGGGUUACCCACGUGCUCCCGGCUGGAUCGUUACGUUCAAAGAUGUGUUGUUCGGCAUCCGUGCCACGGUGACACGAAUGUUGAUGCUGCCGAGACGCAAACCGCUGAGCAACGUUCCGAUCGCAUCGGAUGAAGACGGACACGUGUUUUCGAUCGAAAGCCUGCUCUCGGAUGGGAUUCCGGCUGUAUGUCCUGCGUCUGGAGCUCGCGCUCAGGACGGCAAAGUAUGUCCUGUGGGCGGUCAUUUGCACGUGGCGGCAGAGAAGCAGGACGGGUUCAAAACGGCAGCUUGGAGGAUGGAGCUGUCGUGGUACGAGAACGAGCCUGUCUAUGCGCGCGCUUUCCGCAAAGGCUCUAUUGGAUGGUUGGCCGAAGAAGUCAGGAUCGCAUUGGGAUCCUUGAAGGCGGAGGACAGGAGAGGUGCACAGCGAUGGAUGCCGCCGACGCUGCCGGUGCCAGAGGAACUCAAGACCAAGGCUGAAAAGGGAGAGCCGAUCGCGGGCCUCGGUGGAUUCCGUUUGGAAGAGAUGGGUCCGAAGGGAUUGGAGAUGAAGGGCCGUAAGGAGGUGCUCGAGAUGGCGGAGAAGCUGCACGGUGGCAAGAUCGAGGGUAGGUGGAGCUUCAGCCCCUAA